AUGGUCGAAACCCAGUCAGAGAAGAGCGGUGGUAAAAUAUUAGAGCACAACAAUAACAGCAGCAGCAGUCGCGACAUUGAAGGAAAUAGUCAGAGUGAAAGUUCUGUUCCUCCUACUCCAAGUGGUACAACUACACCGCCAAAACCUGUCUUACCAGAAGGUGGCUUGCGAGGAUGGUUGGCGGUAUUAGCAUGCUGGUGUAUUAUGUUUAAUACAUUUGGAUAUAUUAAUGCUUUUGGCAUCUUCGAGGCAUAUUACAAAAGCACCAUGAUGCCUCAUGAAAGCCAUUCCAGCAUUGCUUGGAUAGGGUCAAUUCAGGUCUUCUUCAUGUUUUCAGCAGGACUCAUAUCGGGUCCGUUGAUGGAUCGAUAUGGACCAAAGCCAAUUCUAAUUCCGUGCUCACUCCUCUUCAUUCUAUCGAUUAUGCUCACCAGCUUAUGCCGCCAGUAUUAUCAGUUCAUUCUUGCUCAAGGCAUACUGGGAGGUCUUACCAAUGGCCUCACAUAUACUCCCGCGCUGGCCGCGGUGGGUCAUUAUUUCUUGAAGAAACGGCCUCUUGCUAUGGGUAUUGCUUCAACCGGCGCUUCUAUCUCUGGCAUUACACUCCCGAUUGCUCUUAACCGUCUCCUCAAUCGGACGACAGUCGGUUUUGGAUGGUCGGUCAGAGUAUUGGGGUUUGUGAUGCUCGUCCUGAGCGUCAUAGCGUGUCUGUCUGUUAGUUCCAAUGCGCCCAAAAGACGCAGUGGACCUCCUCUCUUGUUAAAAGCUUGGAAGAAUCGAGCAUACUCGCUUCAGGUCGCUGGUACAUUCCUGGUUAUGUGGGCUGUCUUCGUCCCCUUUUUCUAUCUGCCAGGAUUUGGACAAUCCAUCGGGUUGACCGUGGACCUGUCCUUUUAUCUCCUCGCAAUCCUCAAUGCAGCAUCACUUUUUGGUCGGCUCCUCGGCGGCGCUGCUGCUGAUCGCAUGGGCCGAAUCAACACUCUUUCAUUUGCCUGCUUGAUCUGCGGAGUUCUGAUUCUCUGCUGGUUGGGCAUCCAGUCCCACGGAGCGACCAUCGCAUUUGCUGCUCUGUUUGGAUUCUUUUCUGGAACGGUCAUUGCUGUGUUUCCGGCGACGAUUGCUAUGACAGCGCCUCAGCCGAACGAGAUUGGGUCGUAUCUGGGCAUGGCAUUGGGUGUGUAUAGCUUUGCAGGGUUGAGUGGCACGCCUAUCACAGGGGCCAUGAUUAAUGAUUAUAACUCGUAUCAUCCGGCCAUCGCCUUUGCUGGAGUGUCAGCUUUGCUUGGAGCGAUGAUCAUUUUUGCAUCAAGGUAUUAUAUAGCAGGAACCAAGUUGAUUGUGUGA